CAGGGUAAAAAAAUAAAAAUAAAUAUAUAUAUACACUAGGGCAGGUCUGCCCUACGGGUGAGAUAAAAAUUAACAAAUAAUUUAAAUAGUUAGAGUAAAUAUUUAAUAUAAAUUAUUAUUUUAAAAUAUACGUAUUAGUUAAAUUUUGUACAUGAUAUUGUAGACUAAAUAAAACAUGUUAUCUGAAAAUUAGUUAUGAGUUUUUAAAAUAAUUAUUACUUGUUAUUUUAAAAAAUAUGAUUUUCAUUUUUCUUUUAUUAAAGGAUUUAAGAUGAUUUGCUUUCGUUGAGUAAUUUAUGUUUUAAUUAUAUAUUAAGAAUUGGAUGUGAGGUUACAUCAUUUCUUGUUAUUUUCUGAGUUGGACGACCAUAAAAAAUCCUGAGAUUCUUUUUUUUUUACAUUUUUGUUAGUAGAAAAGAAACAAACCUGCAAAUAUUUUUUGUUAAUUUUAUAUACUUUAGUGUAUUUAUCUUAUAUUUUUACUAAAUUUAGUUUUUACAGUAGAUUAUUGUUGAAAUUUUGUUUGAGUUAAAAUGUAUAAUUAAUUAUAAAAUUAUUUAUGUAAUAUUAUAUAUUUAGUUAAUAUAUUUGACCAGAUAAUAAAAAAUAUACAUGUUUGCUAUAACUUUUUAUAUUUAUAAAGAUAUUUGAAAAUCAGUGAAACUAUGUUAACGGAUUAUAGUUUUUGAAAUAAAUGUUACUGAUUAGUUGGAAAAAUGUUACUGGUUAAUUUUCAUAAUAAAAGUCAUUGUUUUGAUUAUAAAUUUACUAAAUUUUACAAUAGAUUAUUGUUGAAAUUUUAUUUGAGGUAAAAUGUAUAAUUAAUUAUAGUAUUAUUUAUGUAAUAUUAUAUAUUUUAUUAAUAUAUUUUAAUAUUUUAUUAAUAUAUUUUACACAAAUAAGAAAAUUAAUAUUCAUAUGUUGCUUGAAUUUUUUUAAUUCAUUAUAUUUUAAAAUCAAGUAAACUAUUUUAUCUGAAUAGAGGAUUUUGAUUUUCAGAAUGAAUGUUAUUGAUUCAUUUUCCUAAUAAAAAUUUUUAGUUUCUGAAAAUCACUGUUUUAAUUAUAAGUUAAUUUGUGGAUGUACUUUUUCAUCAUUUUGUUAAAUUUUAUGGAGAAUUGCCUAAUUUUGUUUUCUUGAUCGUUGAGUGAUGGUACAUGAAAAAAUGUACAUUACUUUUGUUCUUAUUUUUUUUCUUUAUUUUUGUGACAAUUUUAUUUUGUUCUCUAAUUUCAUAAUAUUGUGAACUAUAUUAUGUGUUUUAAUUAAGUUCUUUUUUUGCAAAUACACUGAUGAUAUAAAUUUAUUUAGUUGACAUUGUGCAAUUAAUUAUAAAAUUGAUAGAUUAUAUUGUAUUAAAAAUUUGGUCUGGAUAAGGAAAACAUGUUAUUUUCUACGAAUAGUUAUCAUAUAUAAUCAAAUAUCAACCUACUGCUAGAUCUCUCCAAACUGAAACUAAUUAAUUUAUUUCUUCGCAAAUUAAAAAUUACAAACUCAUUUCUCCAUGACUUAGUAGUUAAAAUCUAAUAAUCUAUACACUAUGUUUUUAGUCGGUUUACUAUCUACCAAAUAAUAUUCAAUCACAUUAACCAAACCAAAGUCUAAUUUCAACCAAAUCUAACCCAAACAGCUAAGCUAGCCUGAUUUAUUCGGCUUCUCUAUUUGAUUAUUCUUCAGUUCGUGAUAAAGCCAUUUCUCAGCAUCUUUGCAUUCAACAAAGCACGAUGUGAUAAAAAAAAAAAGCACGAUGUGAUGUUCUUUGUCACAAUGCUCUAUUGCUCUUUCUUUAGAUGAUCCCAUUAUCACAUUGAUGCAAAGUCACAAUAACCCUAAUCUAUAUAUAUAUAUAUAUAUAAAGCCAAAAACACCAAAACAAAAUACUAAUCUUCGAUUUAUGAAUCAAAACCAAAAAUCAUAAUUUCUCAUUGAAUCCUGCAAUUGAAACAUAAAAUAGAACAAAAUAGAAGAGUUAUCCAUCCACUCGUAAUAUUAUGAUUCUUAAGUUCUUAACCCAAUUGGACAAGAUAAUCAAAUAAAAAAAUUGUUGAAAGGUAGAUACGGAAAAAUCAGAAAACUACAGAAAUAAUGUAUUCAUGCCAAAUUUCUUGUUUGUAGGCUGAUUCAGAGCUACAACAUCAGUAACACGACCACUGCAGAUUCCACGGAAAAUCCCCAGCAAAUAUUAUACUCUCACCACAUUUAACGUUUCAUGCUAUCCAGAAUCUGAGCAGCUUCCUCGAGAUUAAUUGUUCUUGAAAAAAUGUUGUUUCCAGUACAAAAGAGAUACCUGAUCAUCAGAAAGACCCGUUCUUUAAGCCUUGGGAUUCCAUUACUCCAUACGGAUCUCAACUUAAAUCAUAGAAUCUGAAGCAAGUAGCUAAAAUUCAACUAACACAUCUGCUGCUUCAUCAUAUAUAUGUGUAUAUAUAUAUUGUUUUGUGGAAGUUCUACUAAAGUUAAAAUCUAAAGAUGAUGCUAACAAUAAGUAACUUACGAUGGUGCUAAAAUCAUGAAGAAGAAUUGAAUUACGAUGAAAAAAAUAGAAAAAAAAAAGAAUCUAGCUUGGUUUUACCGAGAUUGGUACAUGAUGAAUGAACUCGUCUUGGAAGCAUUGGCAUAAGAGAUCGAAAUAGGAUCCUGGUUGGUCCGCGUAGUUAAUCCUCAUGCGAGAGUUUAUCGGCUAAUAAUGAUUGUGAGCAAAGACCUGAUGAAUUUUACGGAUGCAAACUAACCUAUAUACAUACAGAUUCACCGACUGGAAGGUAGGAGGACGUAUUAAUUGUAAAACCGUGGAAUGAAUGGGGUAGAUGGAGUUAAUUAUAAUUUUAAUGAUAAUGAAUGUAUGCAGCCGAAUUUCAUAAUGGUGCGCGUUCUCAGAAGAGGAUGGGAAGAGUUGCAAGCGAAUCGAUGCAGAAGACGGAUACCACCAAAGAAGGAGCUCUAUUGUCGGAUUAAAGCAACAGCGGCAACCCUAACUAUUCCGUGAAAGAGAAGAAGAUGAAGACAAUAGCUUAUUGGGCUUCCAGAAAAAAUCUAUAUCAGCAGCCCAAAAACCUUCAAAUAUACACGGAAAACAAAAGCCCAUAAAUUUCAAAGUUAAUGAAGUGUUGCGUUUAAUACAACCGGGACACGUGUCGGCUUCUCAAAACUCGAAUUAGUGACGUAUCUGCUUACGUGGACAGCCUAGGAAGAAAGGAAACUCAACUUUAUAUAUAAAGAAUUGUUUUGUGGAAGUUCUCUACUAAAGUUAAAAUCUAAAGAUGAUGCUAACAAUAAGUAACUUACGAUGGUGUUAAAAUCAUGAAGAAGAAUUGAAUUACGAUGAAAAAAAGAAAAAAAAGAAUCUAGCUUGGUUUUACCGAGAUUGGUACAUGAUGAAUGAACCCGUCUUGGAAGCAUUGGCAUAAGAGAUAGAAAUAGGAUCCUGGUUGGUCCGCGUAGUUAAUCCUCAUGCGAGAGUUUAUCGGCUAAUAAUGAUUGUGAGCAAAGACCUGAUGAAUUUUACGGAUGCAAACUAACCUAUAUACAUACAGAUUCACCGACUGGAAGGUAGGAGGACGUAUUAAUUGUAAAACCGUGGAAUGAAUGGGGUAGAUGGAGUUAAUUAUAAUUUUAAUGAUAAUGAAUGUAUGCAGCCGAAUUUCAUAAUGGUGCGCGUUCUCAGAAGAGGAUGGGAAGAGUUGCAAGCGAAUCGAUGCAGAAGACGGAUACCACCAAAGAAGGAGCUCUAUUGUCGGAUUAAAGCAACAGCGGCAACCCUAACUAUUCCGUGAAAGAGAAGAAGAUGAAGACAAUAGCUUAUUGGGCUUCCAGAAAAAAUCUAUAUCAGCAGCCCAAAAACCUUCAAAUAUACACGGAAAACAAAAGCCCAUAAAUUUCAAAGUUAAUGAAGUGUUGCGUUUAAUACAACCGGGACACGUGUCGGCUUCUCAAAACUUGAAUUAGUGACGUGUCCGCUUACGUGGACAGCCUAGGAAGAAAGGAAACUCAACUUUAUAUAUAAAGAUAUAUACUUAACAAUAAUUACUAAGAAUAUACUCACAGAUAACAUUUUUUAUAAACUAGCUAUGUUUCAUGAUCAUAAAGGGUGAUGUUUUGCAUGAAGAAGACAGACUUUUCAACAAAAUUAAUGUUUUAUCCAUAUUCUUUUAGAUGUGUUCAAAAAAUAAUCCAUACUUUUUAGAAUAUUAGUUUAUUGAGAAAAAAUAUAUAGUAUAAUUCUUUUAAUUUUUUUCUUAAUUUAUUUGCAAAAUCAUGAAACGAAGUUAUUUGAGCAUUAGAAAUUGACCCGGGCUAUUUUGAAUUGCUUUAAACUUAACAUCAUUAAUAAAUUAUACUUAAUCACAUUGGAAUCCAUAUAUUUUCUUACCCAAGAACUUGUUUAAGAGAUGUGAAUACGUGAUGGAGUUUUAAAGAUGUUGGAAGGACAUUAUUCAUAAAGGAUUGGGAAAACUACCACCAGCUCUCAAGUAGCAUACCCACCAAACAAUAGAACAUAUUAUAUGUAACAUUUUGUAAUUUCCUGAUUACAUAAGGCUAAUAGACCUCAACGCUUAACUCGGUUUUUGGGUUCACUCUAUGCAAUGGACAGUGCGUUAAUUUUGGAAGAAAAAAAUAUUUGCUUACUGAUUCUGCAAUCACCACGAUAUUGCAAAUUACUAAGUCACACAUCAUUUGAUUAUUUCUAGCUCAAGCAUAUGUUUAACUCUGAAGUUUUCUAUGGAUGUAUAGCCGAAAAGAUCAGUGCAUCUUGUUGAAAUAGAUAGUUAAAUCCGUUAUUUUAAGAAUUUCAACAUACACUACCACAUACCACAGACUAGAAUAUUACAUUUUCCCCUCUCACAAAAACACAAUUUCUUUUUGUUGCACCCCAAGAUUGUCACUAAUGUUGAUGUGUGCCCACACAUGAUUCCACACUCGUCUUCUUCGGUUUUGAUACCACUUGUAACACCCUAGCCGCCCACGGUUAUUUGGCCUCCUAUGCAUGUUCACUUGGCCCAUAGGUCCACUCCGUGCGACGGUCGGUGUGUAAUUUCCAGAGAUUCGAAGUAGUUGUUUAUUGACUAUGCAAUUAUCCUGUGAUCUUUUUCCGUGCUUUGGUAUUACUCGCAUGAUAUUGCGAAUCACUUCCAGAUAUGUUACACAUCUUUUGGCUACUCCAAUUCAACUACACUUAACUCAAGAUGUUUUUAGAUAUGUGUCCAAAAAUAAUAAAUGUACUUUGUUGACAUAGAUAACCAAAUCAGUUUUUUUUUUCACAUCAACCAAAUCAGUUUCCUUAAACCUUUUAACAUACAUGACAAUAUAUCAGAAUGUUACACAUUUUCUUUAAUAUUGACCGGAUCACUACAUUAUAUUAACACCUUAAAUGAUCAGAUUUCCAGAAUAAAUAGUGCAUAACUAACAAACAAUAUGGCUAUACAAAAAAAAAAACUAAACAUCAGCUACGUUACCACAUGAACUAUGGAUUUCUAUAUAUGCUCAGGUGACUUAAUUUCACAACAAAACUAUUCACUAUCAUCGUAGAUAGACUAUUUAGUAUUGGGAAAUUUGAAACAACAAACGUAAGAUUAUAAGUUAUAUUAAAAACCAAAAACUCAUAAUGUCAGUCAACAAUAGGUAAAGACAAUAUGAACAUAUAUGAUACCUCAUCCUUUCAGAAUUGACUAUCAUUAUAUGCUCUCCUAUGUUCAAAUCCGACCAAUUCUUCUUUUUUUGUUUACAUGGAGAUUUCUUUGGGCCUAUGGAAGGAUCCAGACUAAUCCACAAGGAAAGUGCAACCCACGUAGAUGUCAAAGUAGAACGCAACACGCACACUAUGUCUAAGUAGCCCAUUAGAACGGCAUGUAUGGACAUGUGUAUUCAAACUACAACCCUCUGCGGACUACUCUGCACAGACCAAAACAAAAUUGGUACUAUAACAUAUGUCACCAAACCAAAUAAUAUCAUGACUCAAUCUACAUUCACUCAUCUCUCAUCUAUGUUGAAAACAAUUCAAUUUUACUAGAUCUUAAUUUAUAUCAUUUACAAAUACUUAUAAUUACAUGAAUUUAAUUUUUCUCCCACAAAAAUAUUUUUAAUCUAUAAAUUACUUUUAAGAUCUACUAUAUGAAAAUACUUCCAGAAAAAAACCACAGAAGAGUUUUGAGGAUUAUAUUUGUAAAAAUGCAUACUUGUUUUUUGUUUGGUCACAAGGUAGUGUAAACUUUUGCAUUUAAAAUCAAGUUUUAGGUCAUUUUUGGCAAAUUUCCUAUUAUUUAUUCUAUUUUUCAUAGCUAUACAAUUUUUGUUACUAAAACUUUCAAAAAUUUCUACAUUUUUAAAUGAUAUUUUUAUCGUAAUAUCAUUUAUUUCUUUUAUGUAUCUACAAAUUUUUAAAUACUAUUUAGCUUUAAUUUUUCAUAAUUAUGCAAUUUUUAUAACAAUUUUUUAUUAAUUUUAUACAAGUUGAUUUAAUAUUUUUAAUCAAAAAUAAUAGAUAAAAAAUAUAUAAGAUAAUAAUUUUGAAUAUAUACGUAUAUAUUUUCUUAAAUAUAAUUUAAAUAAACAAAAUUAUUUUAUCUUAAUUUAUGCCUAAUUAAAUCAAAUUGAUAUUAAAAUAUUUAUAAGAAAAUAAUAAUAUAUAUAUUAAUAAAAUUUUAUUUUAAAUAUAAUUAUAAUGAAAAUAAUUAUUACUGCACAUGGUGCAGAAAAUCACCUAAUAUAUACAAUAUGAGAAGUAUAUGUAAUAUUGUUAUUCUAAUAUUAUACUAAUGAUUGGGUAAAAAUAUUUAUAUGUAAAUUUAUGUGUCCAAUUUCAAAUUUUCGAAACAUAUUAUUAUGUUCAGAAAAAAAUCUAUGUUUUUAUAUGUAAAUUAAAAUUUUGAAUAAUCAUUAUUUUAGGAUAUAAAAAUGAUUAAGAUUGGAUGGAAAAUGUGAAAAGGGUAAAUUUGAAAUAUACAGAAUAAUGUAUUUGAUGAUUACUUACCUAUUUAAGUUUUUUGAUGGUUAUACAAUGCAAAUUCUCUUUUUAUAAGCUAGUUUUUUUUUGUUCUUUGUCAAUAAUUAUCGACAAUGCUAAUAAAAAAGGUAGAGCAUUGGUUUACUUAAAUUACAGCUAAUUACUACAUUUUUGUUUCAAGUCCAGCUAAGUAUGUUGUAUUUAACAUAAAAGAAAAUAGAAAUUACGAAGUAAAAUUUUUUUUUUGAAAAAGGAAAAGAAUCUCAUAAUACUUUAUCUUUUCUUACCUGCUGACAAAAUCUCAAAAGGUUUAGACUUUCCACAUUCUGACAACAUACAUAAAAUUCAAAACAGUAACGGUUGCUGAUAGAAUUUUUUUUUAAAGUAACGGUAGCAAAAUAUAGAUAAAAAUGCUAAAGCAUAGAUACUCUUGUCAGUCAGAGAAUUGCUGUCACAAGAUAUGAAAGGCGACUGAUUGGGUGAAUCCAUUGGUAACAAGUAACAACCAUUUCUUUUUGUCAACUUCUUCCGUAUAUAACAAAUUUUAUUUUACUCUUUUUAUUGCUAAAAUUUGGUUCAAUCUUUUUUUUUUUUGUUUUUACUGAGAUUUGGUGCAAUCUUACUUUACUCUUUAUAGAAACCCUUAAAUAACAUUAGGAUUUUGAGAAGAAAAAACAAAAUUACACAAAUAAAAAAUUUCUUUAUAUUUUUCUUUCUAACAAAAACAAAAGAAACAUAUCUAUUUUAAGUCAAGAUAUUGAUUUUAUCAACUACUCGGUGUCUAUCAUCCUUUUUAGCUUGGGAUAAUAUUAGUCUUAAUUUUGAAUUAUAUAGUUGUAUAUUUUAUUAAUUCAUAGAUCUUUGUCAAUGCAACUAUAAUUAGCUUUUUUAAGUUAAAAAAAACUAAUUAGUUGUUUUCUAAAGGGUAUUUACGAAUAAAGGGUAUUUAAUACAUGUUAUAGAAUAGCUAAGAAUAAAACAUUAACAAAGUGUUAAAUGAAAAAAUUAACCAAAAAUAAAUAUUUUGUAUGAAAAAUGCAGUAUGCCUUAUCAAUAGUGCACGUAUAACUAACAUUUUUAGAUUAGUAUACCUCUCGUUUGCUAUUGUAGUCUGGAUUCUAUCUUAUUAAUGCAAGUAGUUGUUUGACAAAAAAAAAAAGAUUAGUAUACCUUAGAGAUUUCACAAGCAUUACUAAUAAUUUUAAUGAAAAUGUAGUACACUUCGAAUUUGAAUGACAUAGAAAUAUCUAAUUUAACGAAUAAUCAAUUGAUAUAAUCUACUAUAUUUUAUUUAAAAAAUAUAAAAUAUUAUUUUAACAUUCUAUUAUUAAUUGUGACACUAAAAUUUAUCAUUAACUUAUCCAAUGUCGUUAUUUAGAAUGAUUAAUUAAUAUACAACGCCGCCAUUCGAUCCAACGUACUAAAGUUUAUAGUGAAUUUUGAUUUAUAAAUCUAACUACCCGUAGUAACUAGUAUGAUAUAUUCACACAAAAAUAUCAGAAGAAUAAGUUGGUAUGAUUGACAUCAAGUAUAUUGCUAGUUUAGUAAUGUAUUAGUGAAAUUUUGAACUAGUGAAAUUAUUUUGAUUUCUUCACCGUAACAAUAAAUGAAGAUUUUAAUCAAAACAAUAAAUAAAUAUUUUAAAAAACAAGUUUUCACCACGUGUCAUUACAAAAAGAAGAAAAAGACCUCAUGGUGUAUAUAUAUAUGGUAUUCUUCUAAGUUUUCCCCUUUUCCAAUUCUUAUAUCUCUCAGUUUUCCCCAGUAGCAGUAAGCCUCUCUCCUAUCUUUCAGUUUCUUUGCAUAUACAAUUCUUAUUCAUACUGAUUAUAUAUAUAUAUCAAUUUUUAUAUAUUUUAUUUCAAUUCAGAUUUGAGUUUCUUUCUUCAUUGUUUCAAUUUAUUCAGAAUCUUUUCUUCUUCUCUUCACUGAUCUUGAUUUAUAUUUUGCUUAUAGUGUUUCUUGAAUCUGAGUUUUUUUAAGCUUUCAUUGUUUAAAUAACUUUUGUUUUGUAUUUUGUUAUUUGCAUAUUCAAGUGAAUUUUUCAUGAUUUUUUUCGUUUUGAUGAUGGAUUCACUGAUUGGAGUUUCAUGUUUUUGGAUUUAUGUUAUUGUUAAGCCUCUUUGAAGUACAUGUUUUACAUAAUGUUUUGAUACUAUCGUUAUUCCAGUUCAACCCCAUAUAAAUGUUACGGAUUUCGGCUGCGGAUAUAAAAUACUAUGUAACUUUUAGAUUAACGAUAUUCAGAAUACAUAACCUAUAUGUAACUUGAUUUUUAAUAUUUUAACAUAAAAUACUAAUUAGAUGCCUACAAAUUAAUUUUCAUGAUUUAUUUCAAGGUUCGAUUGUUGAAAAUGUUUCAAUUUGUUAUAUUCCCCGACUAUGGGUCUCUGACUAAUGUUUAAGUAGCAUGAUUUGUGUACAAUAGAUGAUUCAACAUUUCUAACAUUUAUGAAGAAUUGUUGUAUUUACAAUGUUAAUCAAAGCCAUCAAUUUUUAUUCAUUUUAAUUAUCUCACUUAGGAAAAGCAGGCAAUAUGGAUUUGUAUGAAGAUAUCUUCAACGAUCAGUCGUUGCAAUUUAGUCCUUUGCGAUUAUCACCGUCACCAGAACCAUUUACUUCGAUCGUGGGUGUUUUACAAGAUCCUCUAGUGGAAGAAACUGAGAAUGUGCGGGAAGAGACUGUUGGUUUAAUCAACAAUUCUGCUAUAAGCGAGGCUAACCCCUCAAGGAGUGCACAAUGCCCAGAUCUAAUCCCACUUCCGGAUACAUUAACACUAGUGCAAUCUCCACCUGAAGUCGAACAACUGCUAUUUUGCAGUCCACAUGGGUAUAUGCAAGAAAACUUGCCAAACAUACAAUCAGAUCAACCAUUUUUGUUCGAUCAAAACAUGUUGGAUGCUUUUCAAGAGCAAGAUGUAUUUACAAUGCAAGAUCAGCAAUUCUUAUACAAUCCACAUGGGUCAUUACAAGGAAACACAAACGGUCAACUAGAGCACCAAUCUUUGUUCAGCCAGAAAACAAUGAAUCAUUUUCAGGAACCAAAUGAUUCUGCAAUGCAAGAUCACAAUUUCGGAUGCAAUCCACAUGGACUUUUACAAGGAAACGCAAACGGACAAUUAGAUCAACAAUCUUUGUUCAAUCAAAAUACGAUGAAUCCUUUUCAGGAACUAAAUGAUUCUACAAUGAUAGGAGUUGGUCAACAAAUCGAGGAAGAAAACAAUGGAUAUGCUCAUCCUGUAAUGACUCAAUCUUUUGGGUUACCAAAUCAUCUCCAAGAGCAGUUUUCAUUACCUUUAUCACAAAGUUACCCAUCAAAUUUAAGGUACCAGAACGGCCUAAUUGAUUCACAUUCCAACAUAUACGACCAGCAACCGCCUCCAUUAGUUCAAGCUAAUAGGGAAGACGAAGCUUUAGUCCCAAGGAUGGUUACAGAGGUGGCUAGGACAUGCCCUCUACAGAAUCAGACUUCUGUGACCCCUCCUCAAUCUCACAUACCGACAAGCUCUACAAGGACAUGCCCUUUACAGAAUCAGAUUUCUGUGACCCCUCCUCUACCUCAAAUACCGUCGAGCUCUACAAGUAGGAAUCAAGGAAACGUGCAAGAGCUACUGAAUAAGCCAUCAUCGGGUGUUAAAUACCCAACCCUCAAAGAUUAUGCACAUCUAUUUCCAAGCACGAAGGCAUUCGCUCCCAUAGAGUUCAACGUUUUGUGGCGUCAACAAGAAAAUAACCCAAGUCGGUUUGAGAGUCGACACAGAAAUGGCCAAAGUCGAUUAUUUGAGCGUAACGUUUUUGGGCGUCGCCAAAGAAAUGAUUCAAGUGGCAUUGAAGAUGUAGAAUCAUCAUCUGCUGCUCAGCGAAGGAGGACCGUCUCGCCAAAAAGAAAUGUUGAUUUAACUGCAGACGACCUUGGUGAUAAAAGGCUACAAAAUAAAUUAUAUGAUCCAUUGUAUGAAAGCCUCGGAUUAAAAAUUGAUCCUCACUUGAGAGUUUUCUUCCCACCCAAAAGAAAUGUUGGUAGAGGACCAAAAGAAAACCAGCGACGGCAAGAACCGGAUGAGAGACCACCGUCCACUGGCAAAAGAGAUCGGAGACUGAUUUAGGAACGUUCCCAAAAUCCGACGAAGGCUCAUCACCAGCGGUUAUGAGAGGAGAACUUUGCGCUACUCUACUCAGCCAACUGUGCAUUGAGGAACUGUAUUCGCUCUCUUUCCCCUAAAUAUUUAUGUUUCAAAUAGACUAUAACUUUGGAACUUUGAAAAUUUACUAAUUUAAGUUUAGAAAAAAAAAGAUUUACUAAUUUAAUAUUAACUAGUUAUUUUGUGAAAUUAUUCUUAGUGCAUGUGUUACCCAAAAAAAAGUGUUGCAAAACAUAUUCUUAGUGCAUAAUCUUCUUUUUAAAAUAAAAUGAUGAUAUCUAAAGAAAAGUUAUAUGAAAUUAUUUACAAUACGUAAAAACUUGAAGUUGUUAUUGAUACGUUUGACUAUUGCAAUAUAUUGGAUGUGUUAUGAUCAAUUUACAUGGUGAUACGUUGCUAGAAGUCCCCCUAGAGGCCACUUAACAUAUAGGAGAAAGGUAACACGCAGAAACGAUUUGUAGCGCCGCAAAAUCAUUGGAAACACCAUGAACCUAGAAACCGCUCAAGUUUGGCUAACACUAUUAGCUAAUGAUGACUGAUAAGACAUAUCAGACAUAGAUAACCAACUCAUGGACAAGAUCGUCGACCAUUCCUCCAAUAAAUAGAAGAUGGGAGAGAUCGAGAGAGAGCUACAAAAAAAGGAAGA